GGAGAAAGGGUGGGGACCAGCCCCGCGGGGGGCGAUGCAGUAGCUGCUGCAGCGGCCGCAGGAGUUUCCCACAAUGCAGCGCGGCGCGCUGUCCCCGGUGCUGAUGCUCAGCGCUGCCCCGGAGCCUCCACCGCGCCCGCCUCCCGCCCUCUCCCCUCCCGGCCCGGGCCCCCGCCAUGGCUCGGCUCGGUCGGGUCCUGCCCCAGAGCCGUCGGGGGGCCUGGCUGCGGCGCUUGACAGCAGCCUGCGAGCCGCCGUGGCGUUUAAGGCGGAGGGCCAGCGCUGCUAUCGAGAGAAGAAGUUCCGGGAAGCCAUCGGCAAGUAUCACCGGGCACUGUUGCAGCUGAAGGCGGCGCAGGGGGCCCGCCCUGGCGGCCUGCCUGCCCCCGCCCCCGGGCCCGCCACCAGCCCGGGGCCCGCCCGCCUCAGCGAGGAGCAGCGGCGCCUGGUGGAGAGCACGGAGGUGGAAUGUUACGACUCUCUCACAGCUUGCCUGCUGCAGUCGGAGCUGGUGAACUACGAACGUGUGCGCGAGUACUGUCUCAAGGUGCUGGAGAAGCAGCAGGGCAACUUCAAGGCCACUUACCGCGCCGGCAUUGCCUUCUACCACCUGGGCGACUACGCACGUGCGCUGCGCUACCUGCAGGAGGCUCGCAGCCGAGAGCCCACAGACGAUGAGGCGUGCUCCUGUGUUGAGGUGUGCAGCCCGACCUAGCACUCGGUUUGGUAUCCAGCCCUGAAGAGGAGGGAAAAAGGAUCAGAGCAGGUGCGUGGGGCCGGGCUGGGGGAGCGAGGCGAGAUUAGCUCUUCUGCUAAGAGGGCUGCUGAGAACAGACUCCUCGCAGAUGUCACUGGGGGCUGGGUGGAAGUGUGUCGGGAGUGUGCAGAGGUGCUCCUGGCAGAGGGCGCAGCAUGUGCCAAGGCUAAGGUGUGAAACAUCUGUGGCUGCCGGCUGCCUCUGAGCUUGGGGGAAGGAGUGGUGAUUCCCUCUAUGGGGAGGGGAGCUGCAGAUGUCACUGGUGGCCCGAGAUG